CGAUGAUCCAGUGUUUCAGGGAUAACAUAUUCACUUUUCAUUUUGCGAUGCUCGGCCCACGCCAAAAGACUCUGGUCGUCAUCUCGGAAGACGACGAGACCGAGUUUGUCGGUGUCCCGGCCGACUGGAAGGUACUGCUGCUGUCAUGCAACGACGUGCAAGCGCUGGCCAUGGCCUCGUGCUGUCCGAUCGUGGUGCUGGCCAAGGUGUUCUCGCUGCUGGGGCUCGUGCGCUUUGGCUCUACCCUUAUCUUUGGUGUCUUCUGGGUGGUUUGCACACUUGGUGCGCUCGCCAAUCUGGUCUGGCACGACACGUCUCCAGGCUCAUUCCUCUUUGCGGCGUUGGUGAUGCUUGUACCGACCAUCGUGCUCUUCAACCUCCGCGUCUAUCUGCGGGAGCUUUUGAGCUUACCACGCGCCGAGUGGCGAGACGCGGGCGCUGCUCUCUGCUGUGCACCGUGUCUUUUGGCGCAGGCCUCGACGCAAGUCGGCGUCCAAAGUACGUGCGACUGCAGCGACAACGCAACUCUGGUCGCGUACCCCGUUGUCUAGUCGAUUUCAUAUUUUCGUUUGUUCUAACCUAACACUGUCAAUGCAACUCCAACACGACUUGCCUUUGAAA